UAAUUACUACUAAUCUAUUUAAAAAUUCCAGUCGGCAAAUGUCACAUGUGGGGGUUAUUGGUAUUGGAAAUAUGGGAAACCAUAUGGCUCGAAAUCUAUUAAAAAAUGGUCAUGAACUAUCUGUAUACGACUUAUCUGAAACAGUAUUACAUAAAUUAAAAUCACAUUCGAGUAAAGUCACCGUUUGUAAAAAUCCAAGAGAAGUAGCAGAACAGUCUGAAGUGGUUCUAACAAUGUUACCAAACAAUGAUAUCGUUUUAGACACAUAUUUACGUGAUGAUGGUGUAUUAAAAGGUGCUACUAAGGGUAAAAUUUUAGUAGAUUCUUCGACCACAGCACCAUCUGUUUCAAAAAAAGUCUUUGAACACGCAAAUAAGAAUAAUGUGGAGUUUAUUGAUGCACCUGUAUCAGGAGGCGUUAUUGGAGCUGAAAAUCAAACUUUAACAUUUAUGGUUGGUGGUGCCGAAUCUACAAUGAAACGUGUGGAAAAAGUACUCUUAAGCAUGGGUAAAAGAGCCGUACAUUGUGGUGAUGUCGGAAGUGGUCAAGCCGCUAAAAUUUGUAAUAACAUGUUGCUAGCAAUAUCCAUGAUUGGAACAUCAGAAUGUUUGAAUUUAGGAAUUAAAUUAGGUCUUAAUCCAAAAACAUUAACGGAUAUUAUAAAUACAUCAACUGGACGAUGCUGGUCAUCAGAUUCAUACAAUCCUGUACCAAAUAUGCUACCAAAUGUACCAUCAAGCAAUGAUUAUAAAGGUGGUUUUAGUACGGAUCUAGUAUUAAAAGAUCUAGGUUUGGCUCAAGAUGCAGCAACAGAUACACAUUCAACAAUAUUCUUAGGAGCUCUAUCACAUCAAAUUUAUUCAACAUUAUCGAAUAAUGGAUUUGGAAACAAAGAUUUUGCAUACGUUUAUCAAUUUUUAAAAGGCAAUAAAUGAGAUGUACUUUUAUGUUAUUUUUUAUUAAAAUUUAUACUGAAUAUA